GGUCGCCAGAAUCCAAAUGGCUCUCUUGAACAGGUGGCUGGGUUUAUCCUUAACCCACCUAAGCAGCACAGUGAUCCAGCGACACUUCAGUAUCACGGGGGCAUGCCAAGCCAUACAGAAACUCACCCGCGUGCGAGUGGUGGACAACAGCACCCUGGGGAACACGCCGUACCACCGGCCACCAAAAUGUAUCCACGUGUAUAACAAGACUGGAGUUGGCAAAGUAGGAGAUAAAAUCCUUCUGGCUAUCAAAGGAGAGAAGAAGAAGGCUUUGAUUGUAGGGCACAAGAUGCCUGGUCCCCCCAUGACGCCUAGAUUUGAUUCCAACAAUGUGGUACUCAUAGAAGACAAUGGAAAUCCAGUAGGGACUAGAAUAAAAACCCCAAUACCCUAUAUCCUGCGACAGAGAGAAGGAGAGUUCUCCAAAGUAUUGGCCAUUGCCCGCAAUUUUGUAUGAAAGCUAAGGAAGCUUUUUGGCCAUUCUGGUUAUAUACAGUAGCUGUUCCUUGGUCCUUUUCUAGAAAAUGGUGAAACAUGAAAAAGUUGACUCAUCCAGAGUCUCUCUGUUUAAGAAUUACUAGCAACUUGUUUAAAUAUUGAAA